AUGUUUCUCUCUACGACUACCAAAGCGCAUUGUCGAGCAAGGAUAUGUUUCUAUCUAUCUAUCUAUCUAUCUAUCUAUCUAUCUAUCUAUCAGAAUAUGUUCCUAUGUAUCUUUUUGGAUAUCUAUCUAUCUAUCUAUCUGAAUAUGUUCCUAUCUAUCUGUCUAUCUAUCAGAAUAUGUUCCUAUGUAUCUUUUUGGAUAUCUAUCUAUCUAUCUAUCUAUCUGAAUAUGUUCCUAUCUAUCUAUCUAUCUAUCUAUCUAUCUAUCCGACUAUGUUCCUAUCCAUCAGAAUAUGUUCCUAUCUAUCUGAAUAUAUUCCUAUCUAUUUAUAAUAUAUCUAUCUAUUUGAAUAUCUAUCUAUCUAUCUAUCUAUCUAUCUAUCUAACUGAAUAUGUUCCGAUCUAUCUAUCUAUCUAUCUAUCUAUCUAUCUCUCCGACUAUGUUCCUAUCUAUCUAUCUAUCUAUCUAUCUAUCUAUCUAUCUGUCAGAAUAUGUUCCUAUCUAUCUGAAUAUCAAGAACAAUAUAUUGUCGUCGUCUCCUACUUCAAAUUCUUCUUCAAAUUCUUCUUCUUCAAAUUCUUCUUCUUCAAAUUCUUCUUCAAAAUUCUUCUUCAAAUUCUUCAAAUCCUCCUUCUUCAAAUUCUUCUUCAAAUUCUUCUUCUUCAAAUUCUUCUUCUUCUGUUUCCUCUUAAAAUUCUUCUUCAAAUUCUCCUUCAAAUACUUCUUCAAAUUCUUCUUCUUCAAAUCCCUCUUCUCCUUCUUCAAUUUCUUCUAUUUCUUCGUAAAAUUCUUCUUCUUCUUAAGUUCUUCUUGAAAUUCUUCUUCUUCAUACUCUUCAAAUACUUCUUCAACUUCUUCUUCUUCAAAUUCUUUAAAUUCUUCUAUUCCUUCGUAAAAUUCUUCUUCUUCUUGAAAUUCUUCUUGAUGUUCUUCUUCGUCUUCACAUUCUUCAAAUUCUUUUUCUUCAAAUUAUUCUUCAAUUUCUUGAUCUCCUUGAAUUUCUCCUUGAAAUUCUUCUUCUUUAAAUUCUUCUUCUUGAAAUUCUUCUUCUUGAAAUUCUUCUUCUACCCGACUGUCAAUGUAUCUCUCUCUCUCUCUCUCUCUCUCUCUCUCUCUCUCUCUUGCUCAAUCGGCGUACGAGGGCAGUUUAUACAUAUUUAUCUAUCUCUGCCUUUUCAUUAUUUGUCUGUCCGUAUGUCGCAGUUUAGUCGUUUAUUAGGUAGCUUAUAUCAUAUCUAUCUUAUUAUCUCAUAG